AUGAGACUUUAUUUUCCAAUCUUAGCUCCAAGAAGGACCAAUGCAAGGAGGUAUCAAAGAGAACCUGUGCCAUUCCAAAUGCUUUUACCAUUGAAGUUGAAAAAAGAAGUCUCGGGAAAAGGCGACAAAACGAAGGAAGCCGCCUGCAUGCAAGAGAUGGCUGUCCUAUUUGCUUGCUUUAAAAAAUCCGAGUUUGAUCAACAACAGUGCUUAAAAGAGGUAUCUGCCUUCCAAAAUUGUUAUAACGAAUACAACCAGCGAGCUAAAGUUCAAAGAGAAAUGGGAAAAAAAGGUAUCCUUGUUCCUGGUGAAAAGAAGUUGACCCACAAACAAUUGAAUCAGCUCUUAAAAACAUAUCCCCCACUGUAG